AUGCAACGAGUGCCACAAUAUAUUCAACGACCAAUAAUGUAAGAUUCUUAUCGACAAACCAUCAAACAGACUCCAGAUAAUGAGAAUUCCUCUAAUCAAUAUCAAAAGCGAAAACCCGUCUAAGCAUACCCUUAAUAUCAAUCUACUUAAGUCCUUCAAAAACCUGAGAUGCGUCCCAGUUCAUCCUAACCUCGACAACCUUCCAUUCAAGCAGUUCCAAGACCCUCCUCAGCCUCUAAUGAUAAAAGGGCUUUUUCGAACUAAAAACAACCAUGCAGAUCUUCAUUCAAAGAAUUGAAAAGUUCAACAUACAUUUAACCAUAAUAAGCAACCCCAUAAUCUAGAUAUUUUUCAUUAAAGUAGAAUCCAGAUACUAACAUGAUUAAAUGUUUGUCAGAUCAAUAAUUACAAAGCAAACAAAUUGAUCAAUAAGAAUAUCAAAAAUUACAUGAGAAAUUGCAAUUCUUGGAGAAUAAAAUCAAUAAAAUUAAAUCCAAUAUAGAAAUCAGCAAUUCUCAAUUGUAAAAAUAAUCAGAAAGAUCAAAACAAAAGCCACUUGGAUUAGCAGCUAAAUUUUUUCAAAAAAAAGAUCAAGAGAAUAACGAACCAAAAGGAUCCACAACUCCUAAAGAAUUGACUAAAUGUUCAACCUCCUUAAAUUUACAACUAAAUAAAGCACUAAAACAGAGUCAAGUAAUUAAAGAACAGAAUCAACCAAGCAUCAAUUUAGAUUAAUUUGUUACAUAAGUAAAAUAACCGAAAAAACCGAUCCAAUAAUAAUCAUCAAUAAAUAGACAUCAAUCCUUAGAGAUUAAUCAAUCAUUUAACUAAGUAACCAAACCAAUUUUGAAUGAAAAAUCCUAUUCAUCUCAAAAACCUACCAAAGACGAUCAUUUUCUAUAUUACAUAUCUAGUGUAGCAAGAUCCAUUUUUAUAUAGUAAACAAAUAAAGCAGAUGAAGUUGUUAGAGAUCACAUCGUAUAAACUAUUUAAGGCUUAGAAUAUGCUAGAAAUCUAACAUUAGAAUUCUAAGAAGACAAAAUUGUUAAUUUGCCCAAAACUAAUCAAUUAAAAACAUUAGUAUUUGAUUUAGAUGAAACAUUAAUUCAUUGCAAUGAAAGUACUUCUAUUCCUGGAGACAUUAUUCUACCAAUAACGUUUCCAACUGGAGAGACAAUCUAAGCUUCCAUCAACAUUAGACCUUAUGCUUAACAGAUCCUUUAAACCCUGUCUCGACAUUUUGAAAUCAUUGUUUUUACAGCAUCUCAUUCUUGUUAUGCUAAUAUUGUGUUGGAUUAUUUGGAUCCAAAGAAACAAUGGAUUAGUCAUAGGUUAUUCCGAGAACAUUGUUAGUAGACUGAAGAAGGUGCUUAUGUGAAAGAUUUAAGAGUUCUUGGAAAUAGAAAGAUGUCAAAUAUUUUGUUAAUUGACAAUGCAAGCUAUUCAUUUGGAUAAUAAAUUGAUAAUGGUGUUCCUAUUAUUGCUUUUUAUGAUAACAAAUAAGAUUAAGAAUUGUUAUAUCUACAAAAUUAUUUAAUGAAAUUCAGGACAGUGACUGAUGUAAGAGAAUUGAAUUCCUAGUUAUUAAAAGUGAGCUCAUUCACCAAUUAUUAAGAUCCAUCACAAUUAUUACAAGAAUUAUUUCCAGAAUAUAUCCCAAAAUGA